GCGCGGAUGACCCCACCAUCAGGUUGGGCCAACCCCUCGAUACGCCCGAUCGAGCACCUUCGAUCAACAACACCUUGGACGUCAACAACUCAAAAUUGAGGAAUUUUAGCCUACAGGGGAAAACAACCGCCUCACACAGAGCCAACACUGCUUUUGUUCUUGAUUUUCUAGGCAUAGGAAUCAGCUUUCAAAACUUUCAAGAUGACGACUCCCCAGGCUGUUGCGACGGAAUUCGUCCAGUUCUACUAUAGCGAGUUUGACAAGGGAAGGGAGGCUCGCGCCGCAUGGUCGAACCUCGUCUACACUGACCAAUCCGUCCUGACCUUCGAGUCGACCGAGCACCGAGGAAAGACUGCCAUCGCAGAGAAGCUGUCGGGCUUGCCUUUCGAGGUUGUGAAGCACCAGGUCUCAACACUUGAUGUUCAGACUACGGUUCACGAUGGUAUCAUUAUCUUGGUCACCGGUCAGCUGUUGGUCGAUGAGGAGCAGCGGCCCAUGAACUUCAGCCAGGUAUUCCAGCUUCUCAAGGCUGAUGAUAGGUGGUAUGCACUCAACGACGUGUUCAAGCUGGUGCUGGGUUGAGUUUUUUCCAAGCCUGAAAGUCCACUCGGAUUGCCAAGGGCUUCUUUUCCGCAGUAUGGAGGAAGACUCGGCGUAAAGAUUGGAAGUGGGGGUCCGAUAAUGUUUGUGUAUUCGACCAGAGAUUGGAAGGCCGGCAGUUACUCGUAGUUGGUACACCGUAGCGGGAACUACGUCGCGACCUUUGAAUCAUUUCUCCUGAUUAAACAGCAAAUGUCAACUCUUGUGCUUUGGUGUUGAGCAUACAAGGCCUGAAGUCGAGAGGCAUGAUCCCGGUACAUUUUCUCUCUUGUCCUAGG